AUGGCUGGAGCUGCACAGAAGGAAGUUAAUGGCUCUGCCAAUGGCGGGCCGAGCUCCUACGCGGCCAAGUUCAAUCUUGCGCCGCAUUUUAUCGGCGGAAACCACCUGCACGCUGCUGCGCCGGGCAAGGUCAAGGACUUUGUCGCAGCGCACGACGGACACACGGUCAUUACAAAUGUGCUCAUUGCGAACAACGGUAUUGCAGCAGUCAAGGAGAUCCGCUCGGUGCGGAAGUGGGCAUACGAGACUUUUGGCGAUGAGCGGGCAAUCCAGUUCACCGUCAUGGCCACGCCCGAGGAUCUGCAGGCCAAUGCAGAGUACAUCCGCAUGGCGGACCAGUAUGUCGAGGUCCCCGGAGGCACCAACAACAACAACUACGCCAACGUCGAGCUCAUUGUCGAUGUCGCGGAGCGAAUGAACGUCCACGCUGUAUGGGCGGGCUGGGGACACGCCUCAGAGAACCCCAAGCUGCCCGAAUCGCUUGCGGCCUCUCCCAAGAAGAUUGUCUUCAUCGGCCCUCCCGGUUCGGCCAUGCGCUCGCUCGGAGACAAGAUUUCGUCCACAAUUGUUGCACAACACGCCAAAGUGCCGUGUAUUCCGUGGUCGGGAACAGGCGUCGAGGAGGUCGUGGUCGACGACCACGGCAUCGUCACGGUCGAGGAUCACAUAUACGAGCAGGGCUGCACCAAGUCAUGGGAAGAGGGUCUUGCGGCGGCCAAGAAGAUCGGUUUCCCUGUCAUGGUCAAGGCCUCGGAAGGAGGUGGUGGCAAGGGCAUCCGAAAAGUCGAGCGUGAGGAGGACUUCCAGCAGCUGUACGCAGCCGCUGCCUCUGAGAUUCCCGGCUCGCCCAUCUUCAUCAUGAAGCUCGCGGGUAGCGCACGGCAUUUGGAGGUCCAGCUGGUGGCCGAUCAGUAUGGCAACAACAUCUCGCUUUUCGGACGUGACUGCUCCGUGCAGCGACGACACCAGAAGAUCAUUGAGGAGGCGCCAGUAACAGUCGCCCCCAACAAGACCUUCCAGGAGAUGGAGAAGGCAGCUGUCUCCCUUGGAAGACUCGUCGGAUACGUCUCAGCCGGUACCGUUGAGUACCUGUACUCGCACGCUGAGGAUAAGUUCUACUUCCUCGAGUUGAACCCUCGUCUUCAAGUCGAGCAUCCCACCACCGAGAUGGUGACAGGCGUCAACCUCCCAGCCGCCCAGCUCCAGAUCGCCAUGGGUCUCCCACUCCACCGCAUUCGCGACAUUCGCCUGCUCUACGGCGCAGACCCCCACACCAGCUCGACCAUCGAUUUCGACUUUUCGAAGGAGGGCAGCGUACAGAACCAGCGACGACCAACUCCCAAGGGUCAUUGCACAGCCUGCCGUAUCACGUCUGAAGACCCUGACGAGGGCUUCAAGCCAUCUGGCGGUACUAUUCACGACCUCAACUUCAGGAGUAGCUCCAAUGUCUGGGGUUACUUCUCCGUGAGUUCCGCCGGUGGUAUUCACAGCUUCUCCGAUUCGCAGUUUGGUCACAUCUUUGCCUAUGGUGAGAAUCGACAAGCUUCGCGGAAACACAUGGUUGUUGCGCUGAAGGAAUUGAGCAUUCGUGGAGACUUCCGAACUACGGUCGAAUACCUCAUCAAGUUGCUUGAAACUCCAGCUUUCGAGGACAACACAAUCACCACUGGUUGGCUCGACGAGCUCAUCACUAAGAAGUUGACUGCCGAACGACCCGACCCAAUGAUCGCAGUCAUUUGCGGUGCUGUCACCAAGGCCCACGCUGCUAGCGAAGCUUGCAUCAACGAGUACAAGACUAGUUUGGAGAAGGGUCAGGUCCCAUCUAAGGACGUUCUCAAGACUGUGUUCCCCAUUGACUUCAUUUACGAAGGCUUUCGUUACAAGUUCACAGCUACCAGGUCCACCAUCGACAGCUUCACACUUUUCAUCAACGGCUCGAAGUGCGCUGUUGGUGUCAGGGCUCUUUCUGACGGUGGACUUCUAAUCUUGCUUGCUGGAAAGUCCCACAACGUUUACUGGAAGGAGGAAGUUGGUGCUACUCGUCUCUUUGUCGAUGGCAAGACUUGCCUUCUUGAGCAGGAGAACGACCCAACUCAGCUCCGUACACCAUCUCCUGGUAAGCUCGUUCGCUUCCUGGUUGAGAACGGUGACCACAUCGGCAAGAACCAGCCUUUUGCUGAGGUUGAGGUAAUGAAGAUGUACAUGCCUUUGAUUGCGCAAGAGGAUGGUAUCGUCAACCUCAUCAAGCAGCCAGGUGCUACUCUUGAGGCUGGUGACAUCCUUGGUGUUCUAGCCCUGGACGACCCAUCCAGAGUCAAGACUGCGCAAACCUUCCUUGGUCUUCUUCCAGACAUGGGAGCUCCCCAGAUCAUGGGCAGCAAGCCCCCGCAGAGGUUCGUGGCUCUCAACAACAUCCUCCAGAACAUCCUCCAGGGUUUCGACAACCAGGUCAUCAUGCAGAGCACGCUCAAGGAACUUGUCGAGGUUCUGCGCGACCCCGAGCUCCCUUACGGUGAGUGGAAUGCGCAAGCUUCUGCUCUCCAUGCUCGUAUGCCUCAGAAGCUUGACACCACGUUCUCUCAAAUCGUGGAGAAGGCCCACGGCCGCAACCUGGAGUUCCCCGGAAAGGCACUCAGCAAGGCUUUCCAGAAGUUCUUGGAUGAGACAGUCGCAAAGGGUGAUCGAGAUCUCCUGAAGGCCGCACUUGCCCCGCUGACCGAUGUCAUUGCUCGCUACUCUGAGGGUCUCAAGGCCCAUGAGUACGCAACUAUGACUAAGUACCUAGAGAUGUACUACGCUGUCGAGCAGCUCUUCUCCUCGCGCAACUCACGAGACGAAGAGGUCGUUCUCAAGCUGCGUGACGAGAACCGUGAUAACAUUUCCAAUGUUGUGCACACCGUACUCUCCCACGCCCGCGUCAGCGCAAAGAACAACCUCGUGAUUGCCAUUCUCGACUUGUACCGACCCAACAAGCCAGGCGUUGGCAACAUUGCCAAGUACUUCAAGAACACACUCAAGAAGCUCACCGAUCUCGAAUCGAGGCAAACUGCCAAGGUCUCCUUGAAGGCUCGUGAGGUGCUCAUUCAGUGCGCCAUGCCUUCGCUCGAAGAGCGUACCUCUCAGAUGGAGCACAUCCUCCGAUCGGCAGUUGUCGAAUCACGCUACGGCGAGAGCGGCUGGGACCAUCGUGAGCCUAACUUUGAGGUCAUCAAGGAGGUUGUAGACUCGCGCUUUACUGUCUUUGAUGUCUUGACCCAAUUCUUCGUCCACCCGGACCCUUGGGUUGCCCUUGCUGCUUUGGAGGUGUACACUCGCCGCGCUUACCGUGCGUACCACCUCCAGGAGAUCAACUACCACAACGAAGGCGAACAGCAAUGUCUCUUAUCGUGGGACUUCAUUCUCCGUAAGGUGGGAGAGGCCGAGUACGGUCUCACUGUUGAGCCAUCUGAGCCGGGUACACCCAUGACGCCAGGUUUUGAUCGUGGCCCACCCCGCAUCCACUCGCUCAGCGAUAUGUCUGCAAUCAGCAACCGCUUCGAAAAUGAGCCCUCCCGCAAGGGUGUGGUUGUCCCUGUCGAGUAUCUUGACGAUGCGGAUGAGCUUAUUGCCAAGGCUCUUGAGUUAUUCCCUACUGUUGGUGCUAAGAAGGGUGGCUUGACCUUGAGGGAGAAUCUCAGCAUGAAGCGUACGCCUACCUCGGGUGCGCUGGACACCAAGGCUGGCAGCGAUGAACUGACUGGUGUCCUGAACAUUGCGGUCCGCGACAUCGAGAGCUUCGAUGACAAAGAAAUCAUGGAUCGCAUUCUUCCCAUCGUGGAGGAAUACAAGAGCGAGCUUGCUGCGCACCGCAUCCGCCGCAUCACCUUCAUCUGCGGUCACAAGGAUGGAACCUAUCCUGGCUACUACACCUUCCGUGGACCUACAUACGAAGAGGACGACAGCAUUCGUCACGUUGAACCCGCUCUUGCCUUCCAGCUUGAGCUUGGUAGACUCUCAAAGUUCAACAUCAAGCCUGUCUUCACCGAGAACCGCAACAUCCACAUUUACGAGGCUGUUGGCAAGGGUGCUGAGAGCGACAAGCGCUAUUUCUUGCGCGCUGUUGUUCGAUCAGGUCGUCUUCGGGAAGAGAUUCCUACUGCCGAGUACAUGAUCUCUGAAACCGACAGGUUGAUGACUGACAUCUUGGAUGCUUUGGAGAUUGUUGGCACUUCGCAAGCCGACAUGAACCACAUCUUCAUCAACUUCUCGCACGUCUUCCCAUUGAAUCCUACUGAGGUCGAGGAGGCUAUUGGCGGCUUCUUGGAGCGCUUCGGUCGACGACUUUGGCGUCUCCGCGUCACUGGCGCUGAGAUCCGCAUCAUUGUCACCGAUCCUCAGACUGGCAUCCCGUACCCACUCCGUGUCAUCAUCACGAACACUUCGGGCUACGUUAUUCAGGUCGAGAUGUACGCUGAGCGCAAGUCCGAAAAGGCUGGCAAGUGGCUGUUCCACAGCAUCGGCGGCACCACCAAGAUUGGCUCGCUUCACCUCCAGCCUGUCUCCACGCCUUAUCCGACCAAGGGUGCUCUUCAGCCCAAGCGUUACAAGGCUCAUCUCAUGGGUACUCAGUACGUAUACGACUUCCCCGAGCUGUUCCGACAAGCCACCGAAAACGCCUGGCAAGCAGCCAUCAGCAAGCACUCUUACCUGCGCGACAAGUUGCCGCCGAAGGGAGAGUGCCUCGAGUACUACGAGCUGGUGCUUGAUGAGAAUGACAACCUCGCUGAGGUAAACCGUGACCCUGGCUUCAACACCAUUGGUAUGGUUGGUUGGAUCGUUACGGCCAAGACACCCGAGUACACUCGUGGACGUCGCUUCAUCAUCAUUGCCAACGACAUCACUUUCAAGAUUGGUUCAUUCGGUCCCCAGGAAGACGCCUUCUUCCACAAGUGCUCAGAGCUCGCACGUAAGCUGGGCAUCCCGCGUAUCUACCUUUCUGCCAACUCUGGUGCUCGUAUUGGUCUGGCUGAGGAGCUCAUUCCCCACUUCUCCGUCGCAUGGAAGGACAUUGACAGGCCAGAGGCUGGCUUUGACUACCUCUACCUUACGCCUGAGAAGUACGGGCAUUUCGUCGAUGGCAAGCGUAACGAUGUCAUCUGCGAAAAGAUCCAGGUAGAUGACGAGACGCGAUUCAAGAUCACGACCGUCAUUGGUCAAGAAGAUGGUCUUGGUGUUGAGUCGCUCCGUGGCUCUGGUCUCAUUGCUGGUGAAACAUCUAGGGCUUACGAGGAUAUCUUCACAAUCACUUUGGUGACUUGCCGUUCAGUUGGUAUCGGUGCUUACCUUGUCCGUCUCGGUCAACGCGCGAUCCAGAUUGAGGGUCAGCCUAUCAUCCUCACUGGUGCACAGGCCAUCAACAAGCUGCUCGGUCGCGAGGUCUAUACUUCCAACCUUCAGCUCGGUGGUACUCAAAUCAUGUACCGAAAUGGUGUGUCGCACAUGACUGCCGACGAUGACUUUGAGGGUGUUUCCAAGAUUGUCAAGUGGCUGUCAUACGUGCCUGACAAGAAGGGAAGCCCUGUUCCCAUCUCACCUACUGCUGAUGACUGGGACCGCGAUGUCGCGUACUACCCGCCUGGUAAGGGAACCGCCUACGACGUCAGGCACCUUAUUGCUGGCAAAACUGAUGAGGACGGCUUCCUGCCUGGUCUGUUCGACAAGGACUCUUUUGAGGAGUCUCUUGGUGGCUGGGCCAAGACUGUAGUUGUCGGACGUGCACGUCUUGGUGGUAUCCCCAUCGGUGUUAUUGGUGUUGAGACUCGCUCUGUCGAGAACGUCACACCCGCCGAUCCUGCCAACCCCGACUCUAUUGAGCAAGUCACCUCAGAGGCUGGUGGUGUCUGGUACCCCAACUCCGCCUACAAGACGGCCCAGGCUAUCAACGACUUCAACCACGGCGAGCAGCUGCCACUUAUGAUCCUCGCCAACUGGCGUGGUUUCUCCGGAGGUCAGCGCGACAUGUACAACGAAGUUCUCAAGUAUGGUUCGUACAUUGUCGAUGCUCUUGUCAAUACAUGGGAGAUGUACGCAGACGAAGACUCGCGUGGUGGCGUCCUCGAGCCCGAGGGUAUUGUCGGCAUCAAAUACCGCAAGGAGAAGCAACUGGAGACCAUGGCGCGAAACGACCCCACCUAUGGUGCACUCAAACGCAAGCUGAACGACCCUGCGACACCAAAGGACCAGCUUCAAGCCAUCAAGACGCAGAUGAACGAGCGCGAGAAGACUCUUCUCCCCAUCUACGGCCAGAUCGCUAUCCAGUUUGCUGAUCUCCAUGACCGCGCUGGCCGCAUGCAGGCCAAGGGUGUGAUCCGACAGGCCCUGCGAUGGCAAAAUGCACGCCGCUUCUUCUACUGGCGCCUUCGCCGCCGUCUUAACGAGGAGUACAUCAUCAAGAAGCUUGUUGCUGUCGCACCUACCGAGGACAUCACCAGCACCCGUGCCCGUGGCCUCGAGAUGCUCAAGGCAUGGUGCAACAUCCCUAACUUCGCAACCGACGAUAUGAGCGUUGCGACAUGGUAUGAGGAGAACCGACAGAACGUCCAUGAGCGCGUCCUGAAGCUCAAGGCCGAGUCAACGUCUCUCAAGGUCGCGCAGAUGAUUAGCGAGGACCGCGAGAGUGGUCUGCGAGGUGUGAUGAAUCUGCUGAGCACACUGCCAACAGCAGAGAAGGAGCAGGUGCUCAAUAUGCUCAGUAGGGCAUAG